AUGAGUAUGAUGGAGGCCAUAUCCCAGCGCAACUUCAAUUCUUCCAUCGCCAACUUUUCCACGCCUGCGUCGUUGUCGUCGACGCCCCAGCCAGGCCCUCUCUACUGGCCCUUCGACGCACGAUCCUACUCGGCCCUCGCAUGGGCUCCUGAUACCUUUGCCUUCAACUGCAACCCUGCUCUCGCCGCAGUAAAGACCCCUGCGACUUCUACCAGACCAACUGGGCGCCGCCCGCGCCAGCCUGCCGCGAUAUCUCGUUGCACGGCCAGGACGAAAGCAAAGGCCGCGUCUCCUGCAAGCGCCAGUAACAAGAGCACAUCCUCUUCCGCUACCUCUUCUGCGAGAUCUUCACCAGCUUCGUCGAGGAGUGCCAUAUCCCCGCGCCUCAAAUCCAAGAUGCCGGGACGACCUCCAAAGCGGGCAGCGAGCCAUGGCGAAGACGAUGGCCAUAUUCAAGCUCCUACCAAGGUCAAGCUGCCACGGCUCGAACGUGGCCCAGACGACUUCUCAAGUGUUGUCAAGAACCGAUUGCAGUCCUAUACACGCACAGGUCAAGCUUGCGACAGGUGCAAAGUUCGCAAGAUUCGAUGCGACGCCCUGCCCGAAGGCUGCUCCCACUGCACCAACCAGAACCUCGAAUGCUAUGUCACAGAUCGCGUCACAGGGCGCACAGAACGAAGAGGAUACAUGCAGGAAUUGGAGAGGGAAAAGAGCGACAUGCUCUCCCACAUUCGCGAUCUCGAGAAGCUCCUAGACAACAAGGGCGUCGAGGUCAAGCCUUGGGAGUGGUCACCUUAUUCGCAGUACCCUCCAGGUGCCGACUUUGACGACAUGGGCAAUCCCAUUUCUGAUCAAAACACCAGCGACAAUUGGUCUCAGGUCGGCACUGCAUGGUUUAAGGACUCGUCCUCCAAUUCCAGCCCAGCUGCUAGCUUUCCUCGUACUCUUGAGUCCCGACCUAAGGAAGCUCAUUUGGGAAUUGGAGUUGACAGCGCUCCUAUGAGUUCCAUCGGAGGAACGCGAUUGUCCAUCCUGGGUAUGACAGUUGACCUUUCCUCCUUCGAGGCCCCAGAUAUGGACGAGCCUCCAGUCAAUGGGAGUACGCCAACGCCAUCAUACAACAAAUCACCAAAGGCCCUCCUUCAAUCUAUCAUGCGAGUUAACCCUCCAAUGGAAGUUGACAUGCCUUCUCGAGAAGACGCCUUCACUUACGCUGAGUGGUACUUCAUGACCUUUUCCGCUUUUCUACCUCUUCUCCACAAACCUUCUUUUAUGCGGCUUUUGACACGCAUGUACGAUGAACCUAAAUUUGAGCCUUCGGCGGCGGAGCAUGUUAUGGUACACAUGGUCUUCGCCAUCAUCUGCUUCCAAUACGGUACUCGCAAUUGGCAACAAGUCGAGCAACGCACUCAGAUGAAUGAACUGUCCAAUAAGCAUUACCAUUUCGCUCUCAGUAAAUUCUUUGAACUUUCAUGCAGUCGGGAUUUGUCUUCAGUCCAGGCUAUGGCCCUGAUCGUCAAGCAUACUAGAGCUUUCCCGAAGGCUGGUUGUGUUGCAAUUGUCGCCAAUCUUGCACUCCAGCGUGCACUCGAAUUGAAUCUGCACCGAGAGUCGAGAAAGCCCGGCGAGCCCACUAAUCUUCAGCAUGAGCUCCGAAAGAGAGCUUUCUGGGUCAUCAUGACUGUCUACAUUGCUGUUGUUGGACGCCGCGGACAGCCGAUGCCAAUUACCGUUGAGGAAUUGGAUGUCGGCUUCCCCGAGCCUAUUGCAGAUGAGCUUCUCUCGGACGAGGGCGUCGAUACAUCCCGCGACAUUCCCUGUCCUUACUGGCCUGGCAUUGUCAGCUUCAAGAUCAUUCCUAUCUACAUGGAAAUGUACUCCAACAUCUACAGUGUUCGCCGGGAUGCCCGCAACUAUGUCAGCAUCGUCAAUGCACUUGAGGCUCAGAUCAAAAACUGGGAGGAUGAGCUCCCUGGCCAGUUAAAGAUUGACCAUGCUGAGCAAACUGACCAGACGCGCAUGGCCGCUGUCUAUGCCAAGACUUGGGCUCUCGAAUUCCGUCUUUGUCUGCGACAUCCCUCAGUUGCCAUGACAAGCGAUAAGAAGCUCAUGGCCGAAAACAUGUCAAUCUGCGAGGACGUCUCGCGCCAGAUGCUGCACUGUCAGUUAGAGAUCCAGAAGUGCAAAUGCCUGGACACUACGUGGUAUCAGACUUCAAUGUACACAGCUGGCGUCUUCACCCUGCUGGCUGCCAUGUGGGAGAGACGGUUCGAAACAACGCCUGAAGCCAUUGCCACGUUGCGAGAGGAGAUGAACGGUUGGGUCGGCAUUCUUGAGGAAGUUAGCUCUCUUCUCGGCUCAGAAUCUAGCUUUGGUGCUGAAAUUGGCAACAUCAUUGAUCGCACAAUUGCGUGGAUCGACCAUGAUAUGCGUAAUAAGGAAACCAAGAGCGCACAGCCGUCUAUCACACCAGAGAUCAAACAAGAACAGCCCCCUCAAGCCUCAAAUUACCAACCUUCUCAGGUGCGAGCUCCAAUGGCCAAUGGAGCGGUUCAAAACGAAGUCCCUGCCUCAAAAGGCUACUUCUCAGAGUCCAACAUGAACGGACAGACACCUUAUCCCACACUCGCCUACAACGAAAACCCACAGAACGGCAUGGCCCCAGCCUAUGAUACCGGCGCCAUGUUCUACAACACAUCAGCGCAAGCAGCCGCAGUUGCAGCUACCACAUCGGCACUCCCGUCGUCUGUGGCGCAGGUGAAUCCAAUGCUUGCUUUCUCACAACCGCCUCAACCCGAUAUGCUCUGGCAGGGCCGGGGUAACACGUGGCACGACUGGACUUCAGCCAUUGCAGAUACUCAAGAUCGUUUCAGUGCAUCGACUCUUCUGACGCUCGGGGGCGGUACACGAGAUGUCUCCGCCGGCGCGGGCGUUCCGGGCGUCACGGCGAGUCCAUCAGCGAACGACAUCAACAGUUUACAGCAGGCAGGCCAGUGGCCGCUGAUAAUAUUUGACCAGGUGGCGCCAAACGGAUCUUGA